UUACUGGGCAGAUCGAUUGCUGAUCGCCAUAUAAGAGAGCUCGAUGAGACUGAUCCCGUCUCAGUGCUACUGGAAUCUUUUAAUCAACACGAUGUGGUCUCGUAAACUCCUAACUUUUCUGGUGACAAUAACCACUUUACAUGCAACAAUCCAAGCAGCCUCCGUAGGCCAGGAAUGUGGGAUAUUCAAUGAGAAGCAGUACAAUAGUGACAAUAUCGUUGCGGAGCCUACCGAACAUCCUUGGAUUGGACGGAUCGUUGGAGUGCCUAAGGAUGGCAGCAAUAAAUUGCUCUGCGCUGGCAUUCUUAUAGAUUCCAGACACGUUGUGACCGCAGCUCACUGUGUUUCAACGGAUGACUCGGAAAGCAUUUAUGCCGUUGUUUUCGGGGACUCCGACUCCAGCAACCUCAAUCUUGUCAGCGCGGUCACCGUCCAUCCAGAUUACUCACCUAGGAAAUUCGAAAACGACUUGGCCAUAAUAGAGCUGACCAAGGAGGUGGUGUUUUCAGACUUGGUUCAGCCCAUUUGCUUGCCUUCGGCGGAAGUUCCAAGUAGUGAAGCCUCCAAUUCGAAGCUAAUCGUUGCCGGACUGGAGGGACCGUCAUUAAACAGAAGGCAGAGGUUGGAGAAACGCAUUAAAAUGACAUACACUAAAAUUGAGAGCAAGGAGUGCCACAAGAGGCAAGCCAGCUUUCCGGAGGAGCUGAUCUGUGGGAACACCGAGUGGAGACCUCUUUCAGGAUCUGCUUUGACAGAGGCUUCAGGUACUCCGCGCAAGUUUCAUCUGUUGGGAAUUGCGGUUGCUGGAUUCUACUCGUCUGAUCUAGAUCACCAAGGGUACUUAAACAUUCGACCCCAUCUAGAUUGGAUUUCGAAGAAUUCCUCAAAGUAAAGAUAACAUCUAAAAUAACAUCGUUUUACAUCAAACUCCUAAAGCUUUAUGAAUAUAUUGCACCUAAAGUCAA